AGCCCUUAUUCUGGCUGGAUACUCUGUCAUAUCUGUUGGCGCUGCCUCUGAUGUCACUGAAUGAGCAGUGCGGGCUUCCAGUGCGCACCUUCGGGGACGCAGCAGUGGCACAGCCAGUGGAUUGUGCUGUGCGUUCGCCAACUACCCGGAAACCUUUUGUUUCUCACGUUUUUCCUCUCAUCCGGAUUUCAGUCCGUGUUUGCACUUCUGCUCAUCCGCCUGGGUUUAUUCCAAUGAACUUUUUUGGAAGCGGGAAAGCAGUCGCCAGAUAUUCUGCUGUCUUGGUCUGCACCAAUUUAAGUUGAACGGUCAGUUUACGCCCAACAGCAGCAGCAGCAGCAGCGGCGGCGGCGGCAGCUUUCAGCACCAUGGAGAGCAACGUGGUGCACAUCUUCAAAGAGGACCGGUGUCCCUCGGGCCAGCCGGGGGAGUGCAUCCCAAACUUUACCUGGCAACCUUCGGAUAUCUUCAACUACACUGCCAACGGCACCUGGGAUGCUGAACCCGAGCCAAUGUCGCCCAUCAUCCCCAUCAUAGUCGCCGUUUACUCCAUAGUGUUCGUGGUGGGCUUAGUCGGCAAUUGUUUGGUGAUGUAUGUCAUCAUAAGAUACACAAAAAUGAAAACAGCCACCAACAUCUACAUCUUUAACCUGGCCGUGGCUGACGCCCUGGUCACCACCACCAUGCCCUUCCAGAGCACCGACUACCUGCUCAGCUCCUGGCCGUUUGGCGAGAUAGCGUGCAAAGUUUUCAUCUCCAUCGAUUACUAUAACAUGUUCACCAGCAUCUUCACCUUGACCAUGAUGAGCGUUGACCGCUACGUAGCUGUGUGUCACCCUGUUAAGGCCUUGGAUUUCCGGACCCCCGUCAAGGCCAAGAUCAUCAAUGUUAUCAUCUGGGUGCUGUCGUCGGCUGCUGGGAUCCCUGCCAUGAUACUGGGCAGCACCAAUACUAAUAACGGGACUACAGAGUGUGCUUUACAGUUCCCUGAUCCCUACAUCUACUGGGACACGCUGAUGAAGAUCUGUGUCUUCAUCUUUGGAUUUGUGGCACCGGUCAUCAUUAUAACUGUCUGCUACACUCUGAUGGUCAUGAGGCUGAAGAGCGUGCGGCUGCUGUCAGGCUCGCGCGAGAAGGACCGCAACCUGCGUCGCAUCACCCGUCUGGUGCUGGUGGUGGUCGCCGUCUUUGUGGUGUGCUGGACACCCAUUCACAUCUUCAUCUUGGUCAAGACGCUGUCAACAAAUGUCCCAGAGACCACGGCUGUUAUGGCCGCCUACUUCUUCUGCGUGGCGCUGGGCUACACCAACAGCAGCCUUAACCCCAUCCUCUAUGCUUUCCUGGAUGAGAACUUCAAGAGAUGCUUCAGAGACUUUUGCUGUCCCAGAACACAAGGACAAGGUGACUGUCAUGGAGUGAGCCGUGUGAGAAGCACUCUGCGGGAUCAUUCUUGCCCUGCAGAAGCUCGGGGAGGCGUAAAGCAAGCCAGGCCCGUAUGACUAGCCAUGGACAUGUCCUCUAUGCCCUAUCAGAGCUGGGAGGACUCCAAUGAGCUGGGCUUAACUCAAAUCACUACAGCUAUCUGAGAUAAAAGCCAGAGUCAGGGCCAGAUUUUUAGCUCUGUAUCCAGCACGUUGGUCAAAUAAGCCAAAAACAUGUUCACUUAAAAGAUUAGCUUGGUGCUAAUCUGUUUUAUUCUUACUACACAAAUCCCAUGAAAAGGCCACAACCAACAAAGAUUGGAGCUUCUAAUUUUCUGUACGCUACUCUGCUGCAAUGAAUGAGUCACUAAAGUCACUAAAAAGUAUUAAUUUCUCACUAAAAAUAGUCACCAAGGAAUGCACUUCAGUCGUGUUGGAGACCACAGAAAACAAAUAAUUAAGCCUUAAAAGAAUGAACUGUAUGUAAUAGUAUACAGAGACGACUUAAGUUUUUAAAAGAUGCACAGACAUGAAUAGGCUUCAGUUCAAGUUAUGUAAAAAAAAAAUCUUGACAGAAAGAUGAACCUGUUGGUGGUUUUGGUAUUUAAGUAUAAAAGAGUUUAAAGUCCUACUCGCAAGUUUAUCAUUAUAAGCGUGAUGUUACUUUUUUAUUGUGUUUUUUUUUAAUCUUCUUUUUAAAAAGAAAUCAUAUUCAAAGGAUAGUGGGAUGCAUCAUCAUCAUGCCCAUGCAGAUACCUGCUAAAUAGUGAUAAGACAUAUACAGGCAGAACACUACAUUAAUCAGAAGUCUUUUCAGAAAGCCAUAUUAUUUGCCAGAAAAUUGCAUCAAAAAUAUAACACUGACCCCACAAACACACUCAAGAAGUCUAGGUCUAUAUCCUUAAGCCUUAAUGCAAAAAGAAAAUGAGUUAGUUACAAACAGGAUAACAACUAAGACAAAAACCCGUCCCU